GUAUAUAAAGUGCUUUGCAAAGUUGUUGUCAGUUAUUGUUCUCUUUUCAACACAAGUUUAAAGUCGAAAAUAAAAGAAAAUGAAGCAGUGUGCAAUUUUGAUGCUUUUGUCACUUUUACUAGUUGUACAGAUCGAUUGUAAGGACGUGACAUGUUCAACAUUUCUGGAUCAAUUUUAUGCAAAAGCAUCCAAACAAGGAUUCGAUUUUCGACCACGAUUGAGUGUAAUAUUAGGAAUUACCAACGACUCCAAAAGAAUUAUAAAAAAAUGCCAAGCUCCUAUAAAAGAGUUUGUCGAUCAUACAAAAUUACUUCGACUACAAAAUACAAUUGGGCUUUUAAAACAUCACAUUGUUAAAGCUUACGAAAAAACAAUAGAAACGCGAUUUUUAUAUGAUGAUAUUAUCAGAGAAUUGGAAUUUAAAUUGCCGAUUAAAACUGAUAAAAUUUUCAGAAAAUCAUAUGAAAAAUGGGAGAAAGAUUCAGAAAUUGACAAGUCACGCUUGGAAUUCGUUAAUAAUACGAUAGGUGCAAUGGCAUUGGACUAUUCUGAAUUGCAUAAAGGGUUCAAGGAACAUCUUGAAGCAGCAGACCAAACAAAAGUAAUUGUGGAAAAAUACUUUGAUUCCGCCAAUACGUCAUUCGAUACCUUUUUAAAUAUUACACCAGACACCAAAAAUAAAAAAUGCAUUAUUUGGGAAGUGGCGAAAAUCAUUCUAGCUAUUCAGAAAGAGCAGGAUCAGUUGUUAGUGCAUCUUGAAAGUAUGAAGAAUAUUCUAAGGGUAUAUAACGAACAACGGCUGAUAUUCAUUGAGUAUAUUAUGGGUAUGCGCGAGUCGCUUAUAGCGGGACGGGAUGAAGUCGAAUUUUUUUUAUUUUAAAAGCAGAUGAAUGCCACACCGCAUAAAGUUUCAAUCAAAAGUGUAAUUGGUUUUUUGAAGAAAAAAUCGUUUUUGUUUUAUUCAAAAUAAUGAAAAUAAAAAAAAUUGCCUUUGAAUGAGAAAAUGUA